AUGGGCAAGAUUGCAGAAAUCAAGUACUUUAGGGUACCCCCACGCUGGCUCUUUGUCAAAAUCACCGACGACGCAGGCAACAUAGGCUGGGGCGAGGCGUCUCUAGAGGGGCACACACAGGCAGUGGAAGGAUGCCUUGAUGCAUGGAUAGCUCAAUAUGUCGGAUUUGAAGCAGAUGCGAAUGAUUCGCUUUUAUUUUGGGUUUCCACCCUCACUUUCAUUUCUCCAUCUUGUUUACGUGGCCUAUUUCACCGCGCGCUAUGA